UGCUUAUUGCAGAAAUAUGAACCUCAGAUCUGCAUUAAUUACCUGGUACAAUAGCUUGAUAUUAACAGUAAACCCAUACUGCUCUGUGCUUCACAAAAAUAUAAAGAUCCCGCAGCUUUGCCAAACAGAUUUUUAUAACUGGACAGCUUAAUAAAAAUAAAUGGACUAAAAGUGUAAUGUGGCUGCAGAUCUGAGGUACAUACAUAUUUCUGUAAUAAACACCUAGUAUUUGCCAUAGAGAAACAAAGCCUACACAGAAGUAAGCCCUGUCUAAGCGCUGCCCCAGUAUGGUCUGUGUCAAGCCAAGGUUGCUUGAUGAAAGGGAGAUGACCGGAGUUGCAAUAAACACAUUAACAUUAGAGGACUCUUAAUCUGUUGCACAAAACUGAAGAUGAAAUUAACCGUUUGAUGCUCGCUUUACUAAUCAGUGAAUAGGGGCUUUUCAUUUCCACACACACUUGGAAAUCAAAUUUCCAAACUGUUUAUCCAUGUCAUGGGUUGGCAGGUGUCAAUGUCAAACUCUGAUAUAUAGAUAUUAUUGCAAUAAAACAUUAUAUGUAACCAGAAUUCAGUAUCAGGCCAGAAAUCAACAUGAACCAUGCAUUGAUGCACUCUUAAUAAUGAAGGUGGUUGACGAUGCCAUAGAGAAGUGUUUCUCAAACCUGUGCUGGAGGACUCAUUCUGUAUGUGUCUCUCAUCUAUCAUGAUUCAACUCAGCUUCUCAUUAGUGGAGACUGCAAGACCUGACGUGGAUGUGUGUCAGAUAUAGAGAGACAUACAAAACGUGCAGUGCUGGGGGCACCUCAUGGAGAGCUCUGAGAACCCCUGCCAUAGAAGAACCUUUUUUUGUCUAGACAGUUCCAUAAAGAACCUUUAAACAUGUCUGUCUCACAAAAAGUUCUUUGUGGCAAAAGAUGGUUCUUCAGAAUAUAAAAAGGUAAGAAAGAGAUGGUUCUUUGACUGAAUGGUUCUUUGUGGAAGCAAAAAUGGUUCUUCUAUGUGUGACUUUAGAGAACUUUAACCAGAUCUAGGCUUAACGGUUCUUGACUACACCUGGUGCCUCUCACACCAAGAUAUACGUUGCUUAUUAACUGCUGAAUACCUAACCUAAGACAAGCAGCUUCACAGAAACACACCAAAGCUACCGUAGCUGCAGAGGGACAAACUUCACCCAGACAGUGACUACUCUGCCGGUUACAUAUGGCAUUGCUUUAUUUCAGUGUUGCCACCCUGUCCAUAAAUAAUGUCCCUACUGGAAAGAAGAAAUUGCUGUUUUAAAACCAUCUGAUGCAUAAAAAGGACGAAUACUAGUUGCUGGAUUGACUGAAUAAACUGACAAAAUAGUUUUACACAAAUGAGCUGGGCGCCCUAAAUGUGUAAUGACAUCCUGAGAAAUGACCUUUGACCCUGAGCCUAAGACAUUAGAACUCAGUGGGUAGUUUAUUAAACAUUAAUGGCACUAGAAGUGAAUAUGUGAAAGAAAAUGUGUCCCUCCAAUUAUAUUUUCUGUCAUUUUAGAUUGGGAGGAAGUAAUUAUGGAUACUCUGGGAAAACAAGUUGUGGAAGAUAUGACUAUAGAAGAAUUGAGGCAACAUGCAGUUGAGAUCACCAUUGACCGUGAGCGUUUACAUUCAGAUCUGAAGGUUUCUCAGGACUGUAAAACUGUGAGGGACAGUGCUGAUUAUAAUCACACCGGAGAGGAAUUUCCAAUUCAUUUAUGUGCAUUUGGAGCCCAAAGAUUCUCCUCCGGUCGACACUAUUGGGAAGUAGAUCUCGCACAAGAAAAUACUCCUCCCAAAAACUACUGGUUAAUUGGUGUGAUGAAAGAUGGAAAUUUAACUCCAAGAGACAGAUCUGCUUUAACUCCAUCAGCUGGUUUCUGGUUCUUGUGUUCAGACGGUCCUAAUGGCUUUCACACAAACACUGAUCCAUCAGUUAAACUCUCUCUGACACCGAGACCUGAGCGACUGGGAGUUCUGUUGAAUUAUGAUGAAGGUCAGCUGUCAUUUUACAACAUAAAAGAGAAAAAACAUCUCCUGACCAUCAGCAGCAGAUUCUCUGGAUCAAUUGUUCCUCUCUUCAAUCCUGGAGCUGGUGAUCUGAGUCCACUUAAAAUCAUGGAUGGUCCAAAUCCUGUAGAACAAGCUGAAUCCAGUCAGCCUUUAUUGAGUAAUAACAGCGCAGACACCUGACUGACCAUUGCAGUGUUUAAUCAGAAGGAAUCAUUUCAUCGCCCUGCAUGGGCAAAGAGUUAGACACAAGAGUUUAUCAGAGCGGAGACAAAACCAAGAUGACUGGAAGAGAACAGAAGCACCGUUAAACACAGAGACGAAUGGUUGAACAUGCUAUGUUUUUCAGCCUCCAUCUGUUCGGCUGAGAUAAUAUACACGUAAUAAUCCAUGUAAUAAUCCAUUCAUAAACUUGGAGAUGUUGACAGCUUUCAUUUGACAUUUCCAGUGAUGUUCCAUAUUUU